UCGCUCAAAAGUAAACCCCUCCUCCCCUCUUCCUCCUGCCCAGAACCCAACGGUCACUCACUCUUCCCCAUCGACCAGCCAGCCACCCACACUUUUUCCAAGCCUCCGUCUGCCACUUCGUCCCAGUUCCAACUCCCAACCGCGCCGCACCCGCAACCGAGACCACCAAGACGCCAAAAAGACACGCACAGAGACGCUCGAUCACCGCGCGCGCGCCAUUUCUUUGCUCCCCCGCGCUCCCGUCUUGAUCGCCGUGUGCGGAGCUUAACCCGGCCGCCGGCCGAGGGAGGCAGCGGCGACGACGACACCCGUCACAAGUACGGGCCCGCGAGUCAGAUCUGCCACGCACGCGCGGCUGCUGGGGCUGGGUCCGAUGGGGAGCGGGGAGGAGGAGAGGGGCGGCGUGAGCGAGGCCGCCUUCACGGACUCGGCCGACGGGAGCAGCUCCAGCUCCGACGCCGCCUCCACCGACGACUGGCCCGCCCUCGCGCUCGCAGCGCCCAAGAAAGCGCCGCCUUGCAGCGGCGCCCCCGACGCCGAGAUGGCCGGCAAGCUGAAGCGCCGAGGUGGCCCAGAGACGGAGAUGAUGAAGGAGCGGUUCGCGAAGCUGCUCCUCGGCGAGGACAUGUCCGGGAGCGGCAAGGGCGUCUGCACGGCGCUCGCCAUCGCCAACGCCAUCACCAACCUCUGCGCCACCAUCUUCGGGCAGCUGUGGAGGCUGGAGCCGCUGCCGCCGGAGAAGGCGGCCAUGUGGCGGCGAGAGAUGGACUGGCUGCUCUGCAUCAGCGACCACAUCGUCGAGCUCGUCCCCACCUGGCAGUCCUUCCCCGACGGAACCAGGCUCGAGAUCAUGACAAGCAGGCCACGGUCAGAUCUGUACAUCAAUCUGCCAGCGCUUCGGAAGCUAGACCAUAUGCUCCUUGAAAUCCUGGACAGCUUCAGGGACACAGAGUUUUGGUAUGUCGACCAAGGGAUAUGCGCGGCGGACUGCGAUGGCUCCGCCUCGUUCCGGGCGGCCUUCCACCGCCGCGACGACAAAUGGUGGCUGCCGGUGCCCCGGGUGCCACCCGGGGGCCUCCGCGACAAGACGAGGAAGCAGUUGCAGCACAAGCGCGACUGCGCGAACCAGAUCCUCAAGGCUGCCAUGGCCAUCAACAGCAACGCCUUGGCAGAGAUGGAUGUCCCCGAAUCAUACCUCGACUCUCUGCCAAAGAACGGGAGGGCGACCUUGGGCGACGUGAUAUACCGCUACAUAACGUCGGAUCACUUCUCCCCCGAGUGCCUUCUCGACAGCCUAGACCUGUCGACGGAGUACCAGGCCCUGGAGAUUGCCAGCCGUGUCGAGGCGUCGGUCCACGUGUGGCGCCGCAGGGUGCCCGCGAAACCGGCGAACGGCUUAGGCCGCACCGCCAGCGCCAGCGCAAGGUCAUGGAGCAUGGUGAGGGACAUGUUAAUGGAUUCGGAGAAGAGGGAGCUGCUCGCGGAGCGGGCUGAGGGCCUCUUGAUAUGCCUGAAGCAGAGGUUCCCUGCCCUGACGCAGACAAGCCUCGACAUGAGCAAAAUUCAGUACAACAAGGAUGUGGGCAAGUCGAUCCUAGAGAGCUACUCGAGGGUUCUGGAGAGCCUGGCGUCGAACAUCGUGGCGCGCAUCGACGACCUUCUCAACAUCGACGAGCUGAACAGGCACGUGGAGCAGCUGUCGUCGGGUGAAGCUGACCUGAAGAUGGCCUGCGGCAGGGCCGUGGUGCCACCCUACCAGCAGGUGCCUGCCCCGGGCACGCCGUUUGUGACGUCCUACGCCACGCCUAGCUUCUCCCCGGGGCGGCUGUCGGGCCCGAGGACCUCGGUCGGUGCCGGCAGACGGUCUCAGGGCAACAGGGCCGCCGCCGCCGCCGCGAAGAAGGCCUUGACGGACCAUCUCGGCCCGUCGGAGGUCAGGGGGAUGAUCAUCGUGAACCGGAGCACGAUGGUCGAUGUCUCGACGACCACGGAUCUGUGAGGCUGGGCCGGUGGACGGCUCGUAGAAUUGCCGAGGACCAGCCUGCCGGUCUCUCUGUGCAUAAGUGUGUCCUUCAUUUGUGCUUACGUUCUUACUGUAUUUUUAACUCUUAGUGCUUAGCUAUGGAGUACCGUUGCUUCUUCUUUUUGCGAGAAGAAGCUGCUAUGUAUUGUUCCGUGCCAAAAAAGAAGAAUGAAAAAGAGAGACGAAGUGUCCUGCUCUUUGCAGACCUCGUGAUCAGAUUCAGAUAA